AUGGAGUUGGAAAAGAAGCUUCGUUCUCGCGACAUCGUCGAAAAGUCGUACUACGAAAUUGUAGAACAGUACCACGCUCUUCUUUACUAUGUGUUUCACGAGACGACAAAUACAUCUGGAAUUGAGACGGCGAAAAUGAAAGAAGACCCGAAUAUAAUCACAUCGUCUGGCGUCUCAUCUAGCCAAACUGACCAAGUCGGCAAUUCUUCAGUCAGUACAGACGCAAAGAGGCUCGAAAAGUUGCAACGAGACUUUGAUAUGGCUGUUCACCAACUCAAAGAAGUCCAAGAGACCCAGAAGCGCCAACAAAACUUGGCAACGAAACAGAUCACAGUGCUCAAGUCGCAAUUGGGUGUGCAGGAGGAAUUGAAUGAGGAAAAAAACAAACGAAUUCAGUUUUUGCAAGAUGAAUUGCUUGCUCUUCAAUUGGAAGUCUCAAGCUUGGAUCGACAACUGGAAGGUUACAAGCGGUGA